UAACUCUCACACACUCUCACUCUUAUAUUAAAGCUCUGAACCAGUGACCACUUACUGAGUGAGCAAGUACGAGUCUGAGUCAAACCCCCCGAGUCAAGUAAUAAUGGACGUUUACGGCGGCUUAUCUUCACCGGACUUGCUUCGUAUCGACGACCUUCUCGACUUCUCCAACGACGAAAUCUUUUCAUCUUCCUCCACCGUCGCUUCCUCCGCCGCGUCUUCGUCGGAAAACCCUUUCAACUUCCACGCUUCUCCACCACCUCCUCCUCCUCUCCUCACCGACUUCACCCACGAUCUCUGCGUUCCGAGCGACGACGCGGCUCAUCUCGAGUGGGUAUCACGCUUCGUCGACGACUCGUUCUCCGAUUACCCAGCGAAUCCACUAACCGUGAACGUCAGGCCUGACGCGCCGUUCACCGGAAAACCUAGAAGCCGUCGAUCAAGAGCUCCGUCGUCGCCUUCCCUUGCCGGAACCUGGGCUCCGAUGCCGGAAUCCGAGCUUUGCUACUCCGUCGCGAAGCGUAGCCCUAGCAAGAAACUGGAAGUUGAAUCGGUGACGGCGGAUGGCGGCGGGGGGAGGAGGUGCACGCACUGCGCGUCGGAGAAGACGCCGCAGUGGAGGACGGGACCGCUCGGGCCUAAAACGCUUUGCAACGCGUGUGGAGUCCGUUUCAAAUCAGGGAGGCUCGUGCCGGAGUACAGACCGGCCUCGAGUCCGACGUUUGUGCUGACUCAGCACUCGAACUCUCACCGGAAAGUUAUGGAGCUCAGGCGACAGAAGGAGCAGAUAGAAUCGCGUUUCCAGCCGCAAUAAUAAUUCGCGUUUGCGUUAGCGGCGUUACGGUUUCUUUUGGGGUUUUCUUUGGAGGGUUUUUGGAAGUCACGGAGUUUGGUGACGUGUCGUAAUCGUGACGGCGAUGGUCACGUGACCGAUGGAGAGCUUAAGGUCAAAAUGUUAUUGUUAGUUUGAAAUCGAACUCUGCUAAUCACGUCAUUAAUUUUUGUUAGUAGUAUUCAUUUGAAUUUUUUUUCUUUUUCAACUGGUUUUUCGUUUCUACUUAAAAGUUAUUGCAUUAAAUGAUUUUAUUGGCUGCA